AACAAACGGCGUGACGCGAGCUGAGGUGAGCGAGGCAGAGCGCCCGCGGCCACCGCGUCCUCGUCUCCCUCCCCCAGCCAACCCCAACCCGACCCUAACGCGGACCCAACCCACCGCGGCCGCGCGGACCCCGAAUCCCAGCGCAACCGCGGCACGGCGCGGCGGGCCUCCAUGGACGUGGACAGCGUGGAGUGCCUCUCCCUUCCCGACGCCUCCAUGGACGUCGACGACGUUGACAGCCACCACCACCACCACCACCACCUCGGCCUCCCGCUCCACCCCACCCACCUCGCCGCUGGCGCCGGCGGGGCCAGCGUGGCCCGCGCGUUCCCGAAGGUGAAUGCCGGGGUCGGGCCCGGUGCUGCGGGGGCGGUGGGAGCGGGGCCCGGGGCGGGCGCCGCAGGCGGAUGGCCGGCGACCAGCGUCCACGAGCUGCUCGAGUGCCCCGUCUGCACCAAUUCCAUGUUCCCGCCCAUCCACCAGUGCCAAAAUGGGCAUACAUUAUGUUCGACAUGCAAGGCCAGGGUGCACAACCGGUGUCCGACAUGCAGACAAGAGCUUGGUGAUAUCAGAUGCUUGGCAUUGGAAAAAGUAGCGGAGUCACUUGAGCUUCCCUGUAAGUACUGCUCUUUAGGUUGCCCCGAGAUAUUCCCAUACUACAGCAAGAUAAAGCAUGAAGCACAGUGCAGCUUCAGGCCAUAUAACUGCCCCUAUGCUGGCUCUGAAUGUGCUGUGGUUGGUGAUAUUCCUUUCCUCGUUGCACAUUUGAGGGAUGAUCACAAAGUUGACAUGCACAGUGGCUGCACAUUCAACCAUAGAUAUGUGAAAUCUAAUCCGCGAGAGGUUGAAAACGCCACCUGGAUGCUAACAGUAUUUCAUUGUUUUGGGCAGUACUUCUGCCUGCACUUUGAGGCCUUCCAGCUUGGAAUGGCACCGGUUUACAUGGCUUUCCUCCGUUUCAUGGGGGAUGAGAACGAAGCAAGGAACUAUACAUAUAGCCUUGAGGUUGGCGGUAACGGGAGGAAAAUGGUAUGGGAAGGCACUCCCAGAAGCAUCCGUGACAGCCACCGCAAGGUCCGGGACAGCCAUGAUGGCCUCAUUAUCCAGAGGAACAUGGCGCUGUUCUUCUCCGGAGGUGACAGGAAGGAGCUGAAGCUGAGGGUAACCGGCCGGAUCUGGAAGGAGCAGACCAACCUGGACGGAGCCUGCAUACCGAACCUUUGCAGCUGAGCAAAGGAGACGGUUGAAAAAGGAAAAAAAAGAAGAGAUUGCGCUGUUUGGCUGGCUUGUUGUUUCUCCAUUGCCAUGUGUUUUUUUAAUGUAGUCGUUUUAUUGCAGUGUUGUACCUUAAGAAAAUUUUAGGGGUGUAAAAUGUUCUCUGUAAAGUAAUUGUGUAUAACGAACCCAGGAAAUCUUACAAGUUGGCCAAUAAAAUGUCUGUUACAUUC